AUGGAAUACGACAUCCCCAGCCUGGAUUGUGAUAUUCCAGAGCACGAUGCCAAAGAAAAGCCAAUUGGCGAGAAGCCUGCAGAAGAUACACCGGAAAGGUUAGACUGGGAGCUAUUGGUACCAGCAGACGCGCCCGCAGAAGCUUCGGCUUAUGAUCCAGAAGAAGAAGCUCCUGUAGAAGCAGCGCCUGCCGAAGAGGCGCCUACAGAAGAAGCGCCUGCUGCAUACGACGGCUCACCGGAAGAGGAACUACCCACUGCAGAAGCAUGUCCGGUGGAAGUGUACAAUGAAGAUGCACCGGCUGAGGCAAAACCCACAGAAGUAGAGGAAACAUGCGAAGAUGAUUACGUACCGAAAGAGCAGGACGCAACAUACCUACCUUUCAGUAGUCAACACAAGUUGAUAACCUUUCUACAGGAGGUCCUUGAGGGAGCAUGUUUUGCUUAUGGACGGAGAGAGCUGUCGAAAUUAUUAAACGAGCGUGGCUGGAAUUGCGUCGAAGCAGUACCGCUCCGUAUCUGGAUGGACCAACUCGCUAAUAGACGACACAUCCUCGACACAAUACCCAGUGAACGUCUCUUGGAAUCGGUGGCUGGUACCCAAGACAUCGCUGUUAACCGCACGCCUAUUGAUUCGUCUAGGAUGAAGAAGUUCCUAGAGGAUGCGGCCGAGCUUACCGAUAUCUUGAAGAUGAAAGACUACGGCGACAUCAUUAGAAAGGUUCGAGUAGAUAUCAAUAAGACAACCGAAGGUUUAAGCCGUGAGGAGCAGGAGGCAAAGGACCGGCAAGAGAAGAAUCUGAAGCGAAUUGCCGAGGAACGAAAAAUACUAGAUGAGCGGGAGGCGGAUGUUCGAAAGGAGCGGGGAAAAAACAAGAGGGAGCGCCAGAUAUCGGCUGGGCUGGAGGUCAAAGGGUUGUUGGAUGAAGCAAAGAAGUCGUUUGGGAUAACAGUCUUUUUCGACGAAUUGGCAUAG